GGCUUCCUUAGCAGCCGGCGCCGAGCCCCGGGGCCGAGGCGGAGGGUGAUACCAUCUAAAAAUGAGUCAGUUAUACAAUAGCAUUGAGCCAAACAUUAUUGAUGAUGAAAUGGUUCAGAAAGCCAUUGAAGAGCAGUGUCCAGAGGACAUAGGAAAGCUUGCCAAAAGGGAAGGUAUUAACCUUAAGGAUGUGACGGAGCUACAGCUUGGUUUUAGAAAUAUCCUGCAGAUUGAUAAUCUGUGGCAGUUUGAGAAUCUGACUAAACUGCAGCUGGACAACAACAUCAUUGAGAAGAUAGAAGCUCUGGAGAGUCUGGUUCACCUUGUAUGGCUUGACUUGUCCUUCAACAAUAUUGAAGUAAUUGAGGGCCUGGAUACCCUUGUCAAACUGCAGGACCUAAGUCUCUACAAUAACAGAAUAUCUAAAAUUGAGCACAUGGACACGUUGCAAGAGCUGCAGAUUUUCUCCAUAGGAAAGAAUAACCUGACAACUCUGGAAGAUGUGAUCUAUCUCAGGAGGUUUAAAAACUUACGCACACUGAAUCUCAUGGGGAACCCUCUCUGCCACGAUGAGCAGUAUACGCUGUUUGUUGUUGCUCAUCUUCCAGACCUGGUAUACUUGGACUUCAAGCUCGUGAGUGACACCACGCGAGAAGUUGCAGUUUUAAAGUAUCAAGAUCUUACUGAGCCAUUGGAACGUGAGGAGGCUCAGGCCCUGGCUCAGCUGGAGGAAAAACAGGCAAAGCAGAAAGAGCUGGAGUACCACAAGACAGCCUUUGUUGAGUACCUGAAUGGAUCAUUCCUGUUCGACAGUAUGUAUGCAGAGGAUACAGAAGCUGCCAAACUGGCUUACCUCCCUGGAGUGGGUAACCUGCUGCAGGCAUACAGGAUGGAGUUUGUCUCAGUUUGUGAGAACCUAUUUAACUAUGGUCUGAAAGAGUAUGAAAAACGAGAAGCUGAAGUCUCUGAUUUCUAUGAAAGCCUUCAUGAAGCGUUAACAGCCAACCAGCAAGAAGGCAGGAAAAUAAUCCUAGACUUUGAAAAUCGGAACAAAAGGAGACUGGAUGAGAUUCAUAGUGCCAGUAGUUACGAUAUUGCUGAGUCUAAACGAGCCGAGUACAAGGAGGACAUACUUCAGCUGUCAGAAGCACUCAUGACCUUGGAAAUGCUCAUAGCUGACCAGCUGGAGGAACUAAUAAAGGAUUUUAAAGGAAACAUUGCUGUCAUAGCAUCAACAUUCAUUGAAAACGUUAAAGGGAUAAUAACCCAGUGCCGGGACCUGGAAAACCGUCACCAUGAAAAGCUGCUAGAAAUCUCCAUCACCACACUGGAGAAAUCAGUCAAGAAUCAGCUUGACGAGGAUUUGCCAGCUGAUGUUCGAAUGGUAAGGGCACCAAAAAAAUUCAUCUCUGCUAAGGAGUUGGCAAGAAGAGGAGGCCACAGCCUCUUCUCAGAAGGGACAGGGUUUCCAGGAGGCUCAAUACAGCUAAAGCCAUGUCUAAACCAGAGCAUAACCUCCUCCCAAGAGGCCCCAGCCACUUGGCUGAACUGCAGUGCCACCAGACAUCUCCGCUGACUAGGACAGAGGAUAACUGCACUGCAGGUUUCCCUGGGCACUGCCAGAGCUGGUGGCAGCAGCCCAGGAGAGGUGCUGAGCAAGUCUCUCUCCUGCCUCUGGCACAACUCACUUCUCUGGGUGAUUUCCAGACAGCCCCAACCCAGCAGGCACUUAGGCGGCAUCUUUGCUGCGCUCGCAGCUGGUUUUGUUCAGAUUCUCCCCGCUCCCCCAGGAGAAUCUGAACACUGCUCUGACUUUCUUGCACCGGGGCUCUGUUUGCCUCAGUGAUUUCAAAAGCCCUUCCUAGAGCUCCCCAGCCCACAAGCUGAUCUGGAGGCAGGACAUGACAUUUCAAAUAGAGCCUUCCACUGAGCCCUCAGUCUUGCUGUGAUAGCAAAGAUCCCAGGAGCCUUUCAGAAAGCACAAAGAUCGUUGCAGUGCUCCAGUCAGCAACGCUGCUGACCUUUUUGCCUCCGUUAUUCCUUCAUUCAGUGGCUAAAUGACUCGAGUUUUGCAUUCGCUGUGGUUUUGCUCUGUCCAGAUUAUCCCAGCCCCC